AUGACGUUGCUGGCUUUGGUGUGGCUGCCGCUGGCCUUCUCUCUGGCGCCUGUUGGAGCUUGUUUAUCGCACGAGUUUAGCUGCUCCCGGGGCUCGUGUGUGCCUGAGGACUGUGUGUGUGACUUCACUGACAACUGUGGAGAUGGCAGCGAUGAGGAAGACUGCUCCAGAUAUAAGAGGUGUGACUUUGAGGAGGGUUUCUGUGACCUGAACCAGAGCUCAGAGACGCUCUCCGCAUGGACCAGAACAACGGACGUCCCGGGACUUAAACAAGACCACACCAACAGCACAUCAGCACAUUUCCUGUCCUUGUUACCCGUCGCUGGAAACAGAACCACUGCAGACCUGAACAGUCCCGUCUUCCUGCCCAGGCACACGUGCCAGAUGAGUUUCUACUAUUAUGUCGGGGCACAACACGGAGAUCUUCGGGUUCUGGUUCAGAUUCACUCGCUGGGUCAGAGCACCGAGGUGUGGAAACACGCCACACACACAGAAAUGUGGCAGCGGACAGUGAUUACGUUCACCAGCAAUCACACUUUUCAGGUGGUGAUUCGAGGGCAACUUUCAGCUGACGGCAAAGCCUCGGAGGUCCUGGCCAUGGAUGACUUAUCCUUCAGCCCCGGCUGUGUGACUGUGCUGGAGAGCAGCUCACCUCCUCCACCCGUUUGCCCUCCCUCGCUGUUUGCCUGUGGCAGCGGGGAGUGCAUCGAUGAGAGCAAAGUGUGUGACUUCACCCCACACUGCCCCCGAGGAGAGGACGAGGCCAACUGCCCCUCGGAGUGUGACUUUGAGAGUGGUUAUUGUGGCUGGUACGAGCUCACCCUCGGCGAUGGCUUUGACUGGGUGAGGGGCCGCUCUGUGGAGGUACCUCCAGAUUACCACCCACCACCUCUGGACCACUCCACAAACAGCACCGAGGGACACUUCAUGUUUAUAUUGAAGAACAGUAGCAGUCUGUAUCCAAGGGCUGUUCUCAGAGGACCCUGGUUCAAACAGUCUGCAUCCGGGUGUACCAUGACCUUCUGGCAUUAUAACUCGGGUAUGUCCGUGGGCGCUGCAGACAUGUACCUUCGAAUGGAUGGGGUCCAAAACAUAACUGUCAUAUGGACGACUUUAUACGACCAGGGAACCCGUUGGAACCAGGUCACCGUACAGCUGGGACGCAUCACCCAGCCCUUCCAGAUCGCUCUGGCUAAGAUCAGCCUCGGUGUGUUCGAUGGGGUCUCCGCCCUGGAUGAUAUCUCCUUCAAGAACUGUUCAAUGCCCCCUGCAGUGGCGGACUGCCCCACGCACACUCAUUUCCACUGCGUGCAUACUAAGGCGUGUGUGGAGCACAUGCAGCUCUGUGACCUCGUGGAUGACUGUGGGGAUGGAUCCGACGAGGAGGGAUGUUCUCCAGAGCUGCAGUGUAACUUUGAAGGCGGGCUGUGCAGCUGGAAACAAGAAUGGGGAGGAGGAGAUGUGUUUGACUGGACCCGCGUCCAAGGCCCCACUCCGACAAUGAACACGGGGCCGUGGAAGGACCACACACUGGGCACCAGCUUGGGCCACUACCUCUACAUCGAGUCCUCGGUCCCCCAGGAGUUCAAAGACACUGCUGUGUUGCUCAGCAGAGUCUUCCAUCCCACCCACGAGUGGGGCAAGUACGCGUCCAGGUCCCACUGUGUGUUCCGCUUCCACUACCACAUGUUCGGCUCCCACGUGUUCUGCUUGGCAGUGUACCUCAGGACCACCACUUCCGGCCGUGGGCACAUGCUGUGGGUACGAUAUGGAGCGCAAGGAAACCUCUGGCACAAGAAGACUCUCUACCUCUCCAGCGCUCGGCCUUUCCAGAUUUUGAUAGAAGGUACAGUGGGGGAUGAUUUUAAUGGGGACAUUGCCAUUGAUGACCUUUCCUUCCUGGAAUGCGACCCAUACGAUGGAGAGCUCCCCACAUCGAACACCACGACCCCCGCCGUGACCACUGCGGCCCCCACAGUUCAGCCCCACAGCUGCCCUGAGGGGGAGUUUGUGUGUGGGACGCAUGGGGAGUGUGUCGCCAACAGCAAAGUGUGUGACUUCAGGCGCGAUUGCUCUGAUGGCUCAGAUGAAGAAAACUGUGUGAAGGAAUGGUGUGAUUUUGAAGGCUGUGAUACUUGUGGUUGGAGCAGCGUCGACUCCUCUUUGGUCCCAAUCCACUCGUUUCGCUGGUCACCUGACCAAGGGGAGAGCAUUCAUGAUGGAGAGCAGUACCACCGUCCUAUCAAUGACCACACCCUAGGCGGUCCAGAGGGUUGGUACAUGUGUGCAGACAGUUCAAACGGCGGCUACGGUCAAGCCACUGACCUCCAGACACCUGCCAUCUCCUCCACUGGGCCCCAGUGCACCCUGGUCUUCUGGUACCACAUGAGCGGGUUCACAGUGGGAUCGCUGCAAGUGCUGAUCAAGUAUGGAAACGUCACUCAUCAGGUUUGGUCUCAGAGUGGUAACCAGGGAAACAAAUGGAGACGAGGAGAAGUGUUCUUGGGGUUAUCUAACAGCUUCCAGGUGGUGUUCAGGGCAAAGCGAGGGAUCAGCUACAUGGGCGAUGUGGUGAUAGAUGACGUCAGCUUCCUGCACUGCUCCCCUUCUCUUCCUUCAGACCUGCCGUGCACACCUGAGCAGUACGCCUGCGCUAAUGGCCACUGCAUCCCUCAGGACAACCUGUGUGACUUCAUCAACCACUGCGGGGACAGCUCCGACGAGGACGCCCACAUCUGCAAGGGCUUUAGUGGGCGCUGCAGCUUUGAGUUUGACCUCUGUUCCUGGCGUCAGUGCCGACAGGAUGACUUUGAUUGGCUGAUCAAAGCGGGCCGCACCCCCACAGUUGGCACCGGACCGUCAAGUGACCACACCUUGAGAGACCCCUCAGGGCACUACCUCUACCUGGAGAGCUCCUUCCCCCAGGCAGUCGGAGACGCCGCCCGAAUAUCAGGACCCUUACUGAGCCGCAGGAGCUUACAGUGCAAGAUGCGUUUCUACUUUCACAUGUCUGGAGACGGCAUCGGGACCCUCAGCGUGUUCAGUAAAAGCGAAGGGCAUCUUCAUCUCUUAUUGAACCUGACGGGAGACCAGGGCAACUACUGGCAGAUGAGGGAGAUCCCGCUGAGCCAUGAAAGGGACUUUCAGGUCAUGUUUGAGGGCAAGGUGGGCCGAAGUCAGAAGGGCGACAUCUGCCUGGAUGACAUCACUUUCUCUCCAGGGUGUCUGCUCGCUUUCUCAGCUAAAGUGGAGGACAGCACUCCUCCGCCUCCUGCAGGCUCCUGUCCUUCAGGCUCCCUGCCGUGUGAAAAUGGCCGGUGUUUCACUCCGGGGCAGAGCUGUGACUUCACAGAUGACUGUGGCGAUGGCACCGAUGAAAAGGAUUGUGGGACUUCCUGCUCCUUUGAGAACGGCCGCUGUGGCUGGAUGAGCUCCCUGGCCGAUAACUUUGAUUGGACGCUGGGGACCGGAUCUGUGAAAAGCAUACGGCCUCCGUAUGACCACACAUUGUUGGAUGAAAGUGGUCAUUUCUUCUAUCUGGAAGCUACACCGGUGGGGCUCAAAGGGGAUAAGGCUCAUAUUAGGAGCUCUGCUUGGAAAGAGUCGAGCGCCAUCUGCAAGCUCUCCUUCUGGUACUACAUUUCCCAGGUGGCCUCGGGAACAAUCCGCCUGCUGAUCAAGACGGAGAGCAAUUUGUGGGAGGCGUGGAGCAAGACGGGGCAUCAAGGGAAUAAAUGGAACCGAGCGGAGAUCCCUCUGAGGAAGCUGAGGAACUUUCAGCUGAUAUUCGAGGGGAUCCGCUCGAGUGACGUGAGCGGAGGAGCCGCCCUCGAUGACCUGGAGUUCAAAGACUGCGCACCAAACGUGGUGGAGCCUCACAGUUGCCCCGCAGUCACAGACUUUGUGUGUCGCAGUGGCCACUGCAUGGAGUCCCACCUGGUGUGCGACAACAAGGCCGACUGUGCUGAUGAAUCCGAUGAGUUGGACUGCGAGGACAUAGUCAACUUGCCAGGCGCUUGUAAUUUCAACAUGGAUGAAAACCAGUGGGAAGACACCUGCCAGUUCUCUCAGGACACUGACGACGACUUUGAUUGGAGGAUCGGUUGUCGGACCGAGACAACAGGAGCCGGGCCUCAGGCCGACCACAGUCCUGGUGGUAAUGGGAACUUCCUGUACAUACUCUCAGCCACUCAGAGGGAGGGUGACGUUGCCACGGUGACGACCAGGAGUUCAUUUCCAGCCGGUAUCGGCCGAUGUCACCUGCGCUUCUGGUUCUACAUGCACGGCUCAGACAGGAUGGGAACGCUGAAGGUCUACACUGUUGGACCCAGUGGCACCAGUCUGCUGAUGUGGGCAGCCACUGGAAACCAUGGUAACCAGUGGACAUACGCAAAUGUCAUCCUGUCCAACCCACGACCUUUCAGAGUGACCUUCCAGGCGGAGGCGGGUGGAGACAUAUGGACAGACAUCGCCUUGGACGACGUCUCCUACAGUGCAGAGUGUGUGGUGGAAGGACUAGUGACUCCCCAGCCUCUGACCUGUGGUGUGGACCAGCACCAGUGUCUGUACUCCUAUCAGUGUAUCCCGGAGAGUUGGAGGUGUGACGGAGAGCUGGACUGUGCCGACCAGUCCGAUGAAGAGUUUUGUCCCACGAUGGCACCCGGCACUCUUCCUCCUCAGGACCGCUGUCCUCUUGGACAUUUCCAGUGUCUGAAUGACACCUGCCUCCCCUCCAUACUGCGCUGCGACGGCGUCCCGGACUGCCCCGAUGGAGAGGACGAGAACAGCUGCCCUCUGCUGCAGUGUGAGCUGGGAGAACUGGUGUGUGAAAGUUGGCCUGGUUGUAUCCCACUUCAGCAGCGCUGCGAUGGCUCUGCAGACUGUCUGCCUUUUCACUCUGAUGAAUCUAGCUGCCAUGAUUGUCCUCCGCUGUAUUGCCUGGAUCAUGGUUCGUGCCUUGUGGAGAAUCACGGGCCUGUUUGCAUGUGCUAUCCAGGAUGGACCGGCAACCGUUGCCAUGUGAAGGAGAAGCCAUCUCUCUCCACCCCGACCCCCAAACCAGAAGACACACAGCUGGACGCUGUGUACGUCGGCAUCGCCAUCGGACUGCUGCUGCUUGUGGCCGGAGUCGCUGUCUGCACUCUGGCUUUAUACAAGGAGAAAUGCUACUUAGUAAAGCCCAACCCGAUGGAAUACGGAGUGAUGGAUGACCCCGCCUUUGACUGGAGAGCAGAGGUUCCUAGUCAGCAUGAAGGGCCAGGCGGUUGUCUCCGAGUUGUUGACCCCAGCAGGAGUGACGAUGGGGGGCUUUCCAUCAGUGUUUACCCCUGGAGGAGGGAGGUGGAGCCGGUUUCAUCCUCUAAAGCUGCCAAGCUGUCCUUCACCAACCCGCUGUACCACUUCUCCCCUGAUGCUAAUAGCUCUGAGGCAUGAAGACAAUGGACUUUACAUAUUGACGCUGCAGUAGACGUGGGUCAAACGAUGUGUGCACAUACUCGAUGAGUUUGUCUUGGCCUGCUGAGGUGCCAAGUGGUGGGGCGGUAAUGCAAAGAGUGGAAAGAGGGAAAUUUCAGACAUAUUGAA